UUAGUUUCAAAAUGGCGAAAAUUAAACGAGGUCGCUUAACUAUUUCAGCAAAUAUUGUUCUGACAGCUUCUGUAAUUACCAGGACUCUGUCCCUUGGUUUUAUAAUGAUGGCAAUCUACAUUAAGUUUGGCGACGACAUCUUGGAUACUGAUGUCAUUAAAGUUGUGGAUAUGCAAGACGUAGCUGGAAUGCCUCUUGGGACAACAGUAAAAUCAAUUGUAUUAUCUCUGAAUGGGGUUUUGGGGCUUGAACUUCUAACAGGAAUAUUUGGUAUAUGGGGAGUUAUCGGAAAGAGAAAGCCCAUCCUACUGAUUACCGUAUUGAUGAGCUCGUUGAUGAUCAUAAUAUACAGUGUAUAUUUAGUUAUCCUUUCAAUCGUAUACGAAGAGAAGUCAUGCUUCAGAGAGACCUUAUUCACCUAUACCAGAGCUUAUGAACAUGGUUCAAGUUAUAUUUCACAUUCAUACUUCUAUGACACAUUUCCACAUUUUCUGUCCAAGCUGGGAUGUGAAGGAAGAGGACAGUCUGGUAUAUAUUACUGCUAUGAAAUCUUUAAUGACCAACUGACUAGUUACUUGCAGAUAUAUUUUGGUUUGAUUGUAACGUGUAUUGUUUGCCAGGCUGUAAUGACAGUUGCUGCAGAAUACACGUACAGGAAAAUUGAAUUCAAAGAAAAGAAAGCGAGCAUUACAGACAACAAAUACUACUUACUGCUGACAAUAAAACAUGGAAUUUUUAGAAAUGUCUUCAAUUUUGCCAAGGAUAACUGGAGAAGGUCCAGGUCUGUUUUCAUCUCCGUCAUCUUGAAGAUCAGUUCACUGAUAGUUGGAGGCGGCCUUCUUGGAUUAGGACUUACUUUAAUAGGAGAUGAAUUUAUCCAUGAUAGUUCCCUCAAAUAUUUAUUUUACCAGAUACAGUUUUACAAUUACUAUUUCUAUGAUAUACUAGUUGGGGUGGCUGCUUCCUCGGUAGUAAUUGGUAUAAUGACGAUGGUUAUCGCCAUCUUUGGAUUAGUUGGGUCAUGGAAAAAAUCAUCACGAAUACUCAUCAUGAGUUCAGUUCUUUCGAUAAUUUUGCACGUGCCAAGGAUAGUUACUGUCAUAUUGUGUUUGGUGUUCGUGGAAAAGAUUAAUGACAAUAUGAGAGUUCAACUUAACUUACAGCAGCAAGGUUAUUUUUACAACAACGUUCAAAGUGAAUUAACUCGGAAAUGGAAUGACAUGAUCUUGCAAUUAGAGUGCUGUGGAGUUUAUAGUUCUUCUGACACCUUGUCACGAUCACAUGGCUACGCAGACAUAUUUUGCUGUAAAAAUGCACAUGAGAGUAGAACAGAUUCUGGAUGGGAUUAUUAUUAUCAUUAUCAUUAUCAUCAUUAUUAUGAUUAUUACAAUCAUUUAGAUUAUUUUGGUGGUUGUGGUGGAUAUAAAACUGAUGUAUGUGAGUCAUAAGUGAUAUCGUUAUAUGUCUAACUUAAAUUGUAAAUAUAAAUUCAACCGAACAUUAAUCAGGUGAUUUGUUUUGAAAGAACGCUUGUUACAGAAACAUAACAAUUGUUAACAUAUAUGUUUAGUUUAUCUGAAACAGUGACCAGAAACAUAAUCAAACCGAGUUUGAAUUGUAAUCACUUUAAAUGUAUAUCUAACUUUCAAGGCACUUGACCUAUAACUAUACAACAAUUAACAUCAUUUGGUUUAAGCUCAAGUUGUGGGACCUCAUAAAUAAAUGAUCGAGUAUUCAAUCAACGAUGAUGAUUAAUCCACAUAUUUUGCAUUUUACAGAAUAAAUGGGUUUUUUUUCUGAAUCUCUCAAAUAAAAUCAUAAAUACAUAACCAAGAUUGUAUGUGUGUUUUUC